AUGGACCCGGCGAGUGUAUUGGAAGCUAACCGGGUAAUCCAGCAUGCGUUCAGCGUGAUCUCUGUACUGAAUCUCACGGCAGACUCGCUGCCGAAGCCUGCGCUUGUGUCUGACGGUGCCUGCUAUGAUUACAUUGUUGUGGGCGGUGGUUCGGCGGGCUGCGUGCUCGCGAGCAGGUUGUCCGAGCUGAGCGGCGUGCAGGUGCUGCUAAUCGAGGCCGGACCGCUCACGCCCUUCGAGUCCACCCUCCCUGCUCUCACGGCUUACUUGACUAGAUCGCGCUAUGACUGGAAUUACACCACGGAGAAUGAUGGCUAUGCCGCGCAGGGGCACAAGGACAAAGUGUUGGCGUUGACCCGCGGCAAGGUGUUGGGCGGCACGAGUGCCAUCAACUCCUUUAUCCAUGUAAGAGGUGCGCCGCAUGACUUUGACACGUGGGCUGCUAGCAUCGACGACUCGCGCUGGAACUACACAAACGUCCUGCCCUUCUUCAUCAAGAGCGAGAAGUUUCGAGACCGCGCCAUAGAAAACUCUCGCUACAGAACCUUCCACGGAACUAAGGGAUAUUUGGGGCUCACUAGAGAACCAGAUCCGGCCAAUAAAGUAUACCUUGACAUGUUUAAAGAAGUCGGUAACCGUUUGGUUUUAGACAUAAAUGGCAAAGACGCUACUGGCUUUACUCAGCCAAUGUUCACGAUCUUAGACGGGCGACGCCAGGACACUGCGUAUGCGUUCCUUUCACCUGUGAAGCGGCGCUGCAACCUGCACGUGCUCACCGACACGCUUGUCACGGAGGUCAUCUUCGACGAUCAAAACAGGGCGGUCGGCGUACGCGCUCUCACCAAACAAAACAGACUCAUCACUCUGAGGGCCAGUAAAGAAGUCAUUCUCUCUGCUGGUGUCUUCAAUUCCCCUCAACUGCUUAUGCUGUCUGGGAUCGGGCCGAGAGAGCAUCUGAAAGACAUGAAUAUAACUGUUCGAGUAGAUCUACCAGUUGGAAUGAAUUUCCAAGAUCAUCCUCAAACUUUAAUAUUGUAUGAUAUGGAGAAGGAGUGUGCAUUGCCGCUCGUGCAAGAUCCCGGUAAGUUUCCUGGACGCGUAGUGAUGGGCCUUGUAGCGUUGAACGACCGUCAGCCCUAUGGUGACUACGAGGCUGUUACCUUCACCAGGAUCAGUGUGGUUGCCGGGUUAGAGUAUUGUUCUCUUGCCUUUCGAUUUAAUGAUACAAUAUGCACGUCAAUUAUUCAGAAGGUAAAAGGUAAAAGAUUAUUAGCAGCGAUGGUAUCAAUUUUACACCCGAAGUCGCGUGGCCGCGUCAUGUUGCGCAGUUCCAACCCCAAAGACUCUCCCAUCGUCUUUGCUGGCUACUUCUCCGAAGACAUUGAUUUAAAAAACCAUGUAAAAUCCUUGAAACACUUUUCUCGUAUAAUGAAAUCCUCUUACUUCAAACGAGUCCGAGGGAAGAUGCUGCUGCCGAGCUUGCCGCAGUGCGAUAGGCUGAAGUUGUUUAGUGACGAGCACUGGCGCUGCUACGCGCUGGUCAUGACGGGUGCUAGUUACCACUUCGUCGGCACGUGCGCCAUGGGCCUGGUCGUUGACUCCGAGCUGCGCGUGCGCGGCGUUCGGAACCUGCGCGUGGUCGACGCCAGCAUAAUGCCCAAUAAUACCAGCGGUAACACCAACGCGCCCACCAUCAUGAUCAGCGAGAGGGCGGCAGAUUUUAUCAUACAGGAUUACAAGGCCGCGAAGAAAAACAAUUUAUAAGUCUGAUAAUCACUACAUAGCAUAAA